CAGAGCGGGCCGCCCCGCCGCCCCGGAACCGAGUCUCCCGUCGGGCGCCGGAAGGGGUCGGGGGUCGUCGAGAUGGCCAACCGCACCGUGAAGGAUGCGCACAGCAUCCACGGCACCAACCCGCAGUACCUGGUGGAGAAGAUUAUCCGCACCCGCAUAUACGAGUCCAAGUACUGGAAGGAGGAGUGUUUCGGCCUGACGGCGGAGCUGGUGGUGGACAAAGCCAUGGAGCUCCGGUUCGUGGGCGGGGUGUACGGCGGCAACAUCAAGCCCACGCCCUUCCUCUGCCUGACCCUGAAGAUGCUGCAGAUCCAGCCCGAGAAGGACAUCAUCGUGGAGUUCAUCAAAAACGAGGACUUCAAAUACGUGCGCAUGCUGGGGGCUCUGUACAUGAGGCUGACGGGCACGGCCAUCGACUGCUACAAGUACCUGGAGCCUCUGUACAACGACUACCGCAAGAUCAAGAGCCAGAACCGGAACGGGGAGUUCGAGCUGAUGCACGUGGACGAAUUCAUCGACGAGCUGCUGCACAGCGAGCGCGUCUGCGACAUCAUCCUGCCCCGGCUACAGAAACGCUACGUCCUGGAGGAGGCCGAACAGCUGGAGGCCCGGGUCAGCGCCCUGGAGGAGGACAUGGACGACGUGGAGUCCAGCGAAGAGGAGGAAGAGGAAGACGAGAAGCUGGAGCGAGCCCCCUCCCCGGACCACCGCCGCAGAAGUUACCGAGACCUGGACAAGCCGCGUCGCUCCCCGGCCCUGCGCUACAGGAGGAGCCGGAGCCGUUCCCCGAGACGGCGCAGCCGAUCCCCCAAGAGGAGAAGCCCCUCCCCCCGUCGGGAAAGAUACCGGAGCAAGAGCCCGAGGCGGCACCGCAGCAGGUCCCGGGAGCGGCGGCACCGAUCCCGAUCCAAGUCCCCAGGACACCAUCGGAGCCACCGGCACAGGAGCCACUCGAAGUCCCCAGAAAGGUCCAAGAAAAGCCACAAGAAGAGUCGGCGAGGGAACGAGUGACGGACGGCGCGGUGCCGACGGGUGGUGCGAUACGGGCGCACGGGCUGGCCCUCCGGGGGAGGUGUACGGGACUGCCGGACAGUGGCCUCACGGGCCCGGCCCUCCGGGGUGGCUUUUUUACGCUUUUAUUAAAUACUUUGUUAUCCCCCA